GGCGAGAUAUAGUUAGAAGUGUGUCAUCCAUCCAGUUGUUCUUAAGUUCCAACCAAAAGCAAACAGCAAAAGAGAGAGGGCGAGGCGGCGACCGCAUUUAACGCUUAUCCCCUUCUAAUUUAGAAAAGAAAUGGAGACUUUCAACAUCCCGGCGACGCCGUCAUUGAUGAAGGAGUUCCUCCGCCAGAUGGGAGGCACCGCUGUUAUUGACGGUGGACUGGCGACCGUGCUGGAACUCCACGGUGCUGACCUAAACGAUCCCCUCUGGAGUGCCAAAUGCCUCCUCACUUCUCCUCACCUUAUUCGCUCCGUACACCUUGAUUACCUUGAAGCUGGUGCAGAUAUUAUUAUCACAGCAUCCUAUCAGGCCACAAUUCAGGGGUUUGAAGCAAAAGGCUUUUCUAGAGAACAAAGUGAAAACUUGCUUAAAAAAAGUGUGGAUAUUGCCCUAGAGGCAAGGCGUAUAUAUUAUGAAAGAUGGAGUAAAAGUUCUAGUGGUGGAACAGGAGAUGGUAGGAUACUAAAAAACCGUCCAAUCUUGGUUGCAGCAUCUGUAGGCAGCUAUGGGGCUUAUCUGGCUGACGGUUCUGAGUACAGUGGGUGCUAUGGUGAGGCAAUGACAGUAAAUGCUUUGAAAGAAUUUCAUCGAAGAAGGGUUCAGGUCCUGGCCGAAGCAGGUCCUGACAUAAUAGCAUUUGAAACAGUUCCGAACAAGAUAGAAGCUCAGGCUUUUGCUGAACUCUUAGAGGAAGAACACAUAAAGAUUCCUGCAUGGUUAACUUUCAACUCAAAAGAUGGCGUCAAUGUAGUUAGCGGCGAUUCUUUGCUUCAGUGUGCAUCAAUUGCUGAAUCUUGCAAGCAAGUUGUUGCUGUUGGAAUCAACUGCACGCCACCUAGAUUUAUUCAUGAUCUGAUUUUAGCAAUUAAGAAGGUCACUACCAAACCCAUAGUUAUAUAUCCCAAUAGUGGUGAGAGGUAUGAUGCUGAUCGGAAGGAAUGGGUGGAAAAUACAGGAGUCUCAGAUGAAGAUUUUGUCUCUUACGUAAACAAAUGGUGCGAGAUUGGGGCUUCACUUGUAGGAGGUUGUUGUAGAACUACUCCAAAUACUAUCAAAGCCAUAUACAGGGCACUUUCCGAUAGAUCCCCUGCAGCACCCGGGCAGAAAUAAAAAACAGCAACCUGAUUAUAUACGCAAACGGGAUGCCGAGCCGCUAUUUUCGUUCAUGAGGAGCAUGCAUCUUGUAUCAGUUUCGGGUUUCCCACUCUCUUGUUUCAUGAGUUAUAUUAUUUUGGUUCUAACUGUUGUUUCCUAAAGGUUAAAUGUAUUGGCCUGGCCAUUUGAAGGUGUUUGGUAUGCAUGUUAUAAAGUACUAGUACUCAGUAAUCUGGAAAUUUUAUUAGUAGGAAUCUGAUUUUCAUAUUUGGUA